UGAGGCGCUGCGGAGACGCGUAGAGGAGCGCGCCCCCCGGCCGCUGCCGCCCCUGGCCCGUGCCGUCACCCCGCUUCUCCGCGCCUCGGACGGUACCCAGCCAGCUCCUGGCGCCGCGCUGCUGCGCGGACCUGCCCUCCCGACACCUCCCGGGACCGGGGACCCCCCCCCAGGCCGCUCGCCCGCUGCCCGCCGGCCGGGCCUAGGGCGGGAGGCAGCGGCGGCUCGGCGCGAUCCGGCUGCGCUCUGCGGCGUCCCCAUGGCAGCGGCCGGCUGGCGGGACGGCUCCGGCCAGGAGAAGUACCUGCUCGUGGUGGUCGGCGGGGGCGGCGUGGGCAAGUCGGCGCUCAUCAUCCAGUUCAACCAGUCCUAUUUUGUAAAGGAUUAUGAUCCAACCAUUGAAGACUCUUACACAAAGCAGUGUGUGAUAGAUGACAGAGCAGCACGGCUAGAUAUUUUGGAUACAGCAGGACAAGAAGAGUUUGGAGCCAUGAGAGAACAAUGUAUGAGGACUGGCGAGGGCUUCCUGUUGGUCUUUUCAGUCACAAAUAGAGGCAGUUUUGAAGAAAUCUAUAAGUUUCAAAGACAGAUUCUCAGAGUAAAGGGUCGUGAUGAGUUUCCAAUGAUUUUAAUUGGCAAUAAAGCAGAUCUGGAUCAUCAAAGACAGGUAACACAGGAAGAAGGACAGCAGUUAGCGCGGCAACUUAAGGUAACAUAUAUGGAGGCAUCAGCAAAGAUUGGGAUGAAUGUAGAUCAAGCUUUCCAUGAACUUGUCCGGCUUAUCAGGAAAUUUCAAGAGCAGGAAUGUCUUCCUUCAUCAGAAAAAGGCAAGAAAGGCUGCCAUUGUGUCAUUUUCUAGAAUCCUUUCCAUCUUAGCUACCGACUGCCAGGAAAAGCCCUCAUCUUCUCCUCCUCUCCUCAGUUUACAUCUUGUUUGGUGCCUUUCUAGCCUUAGACAAAUGAUCACCAUGUUAGCCUUAGACCAAGAAGCUGGCUAGUCCUUUCAGUGAAGCUAAUACAAUGGUCACUGCCAGACAAAUUUAAAGGAAACACUAAGGCUGCUUCAAAGACUAUCUGACUCCUUUAAAAUAUGUGUCUAUAUACACAGACACGCUCUUUUUUUAAGUGCUUCCAUGUUAAUAGAGAUGAAUCAGUUUUGGAAUCUAAGCUGUUUGCCAAGCUGAAGCCACAGGUUGUGAAAUAAUUUUUAACUUUUGGAAUCAUACUGCCUACUGUUACUCUAAAUAGAAAUAUAGGGAUUUUUUUUAAAUGUGAAUUUUUGCUUAUCUUUGAAAAUCUCAAUGUCAGCCUUUGUUAACCUUAAAUACACUGAAUUGAAUCUACAAAAGUGAAACAUCUCAGAUCUUGACUGAUAUUGCAACUUUUGUUUUCUGGUGGCCCAAAUACCAAAAUGCCUAUUGACUUUAUGGAUUAAAAACUGUUUAUAAAAGCCUGUGUUAUUGCUCCUGCUCCUGAGGAUGAUAAUAUUCUACAUGGUCAAAUAUUUGGACUCAUUCGGGACUUAAGACAUUUCAGUGUACUUGAUUUUUUUUUUUUUCCACUUCAGAAGUCCUUUAUUGGGCCGGCAGGGCCAGGAGCUGCCCUCCAAGUGGGGUCCCAGUCUGGAGCCUUCAGGUUGGUGGCAGACCUGGUGGUUCUGGCCGGGGCAGGCGGCCUCUGCUGACUUGCUACGUGGUGCGUGCCUUCACCUACUCCCAGCCCUCCUUGGAGUACUCGCGGGCUGUGGAAGGAGUCACUGACAGAGCUGACAUCACCAUGAUGAUGCCUGCAUUCCAGGAGUCAUGGAUGGUAAAGUGAAUCUUUGGAGGGGCUGGGAGCUGGGGUAUCUGCAGGCCUGUCUGCUGACGAGGUACCAGCUGAACUGGUACAUGGCGGGAGGGACCACCUCCCCAGCCUUUUGUAGGGCUGCCCGGCUCUUGUCACUGGGCCCCAGCAGCUCCUGGUAGAUGGUGCCUCCAGCCACACUUCCCUUGAUGAGGAACCUCAUCAGCGGCCACACCCGGGCCACCAUGGUCGCUCGGAUCCAAGGGCAAAGACACUCGACUCGCCUGCUGCUUCUGGCCCUUGAUUUUUUAAAACUCUUUUUUUCACAGCCAUGCUAAGGGUAAAAAUGAAUAAUUUCUGUCUUCCUUUUCAAGUAUUUCUGAAUAAGGGAUUCAAAAAACUAAAACUGUUUUUGUUUGAUGUAAUAUAAAAUAUGAAAUUGAGCUUUCUCGGUCAGAGAUGAUUAAUGUUUUUGCUAUAUACUUUUAUACUUUUUUUAUCAAAUUAGUUAAUUAUUUUUAUAUGUUUGUAAGCAGAUAUGCUUUCACAGCAUACCUUGUGUAUAUAUAAAGAUAAACAUUUAAUUCUCACUGUUCACCUUUAACUGACAAAGAAAGACAAGUGAAAACUACAGAAGCUGUGGUAGAACUUUUACUUGCUGGUCUGGUCUUGGUUGUACCCAUCUUUGGCCAGUCACGUGUCUACUCAAGAAACCUUCCCAAUAGAGUACAAUAGGAUGAGACUCUAAAAUCGCUUUCAAAAACCAAAACUGUUUUUUUUUUUAUGUAAUAUAAACAUGGAAUUGAGCUUUCUGGGGUCAGAGAUGAUUCAUGUUUUUGCUAUAUACUUUUUUUUAUCAAACUAGUUAACAAGUAUUUUUAUAUGUUUGUAAGCAGAUAAGCUUUCACAGCAUACCUUGUGUAUUUGCAAAGAUAAGCAUUUAAUUCUAGCUGUUGACUUGUAUCUGACAAAGGAAAACAAGUAGAAACUACAGAAACUGUGGUAGAACUUUUACUUGCUGGUCUGGUCUUUGCUGUACCCAUUUUUGGCCAGUCACGUGUCACCUUCCCAAUAGAGUACAACAGGAUGAGACUCUGAAAUCGCUUUCAAUAUUCCCUGCUAGAUAUUGAUUGUUAUAUAAAGUUUUAAGUGUAAGCUUUUAAUGGAGAAUUAAAUCUGAUUUUGUUUUUAA